AUGGGUUUAUUUGUGUCUGGGCUUUCCCGCUUGUCAAUCAAAGAGGGUAAGAGUGCUAUGUUGAUAGGAGACAUGGAUAUAGCCAGGCUUAUGAUCCAUGUGCAGCAGGUGGAGGAAGACAAGUUGAAAUAUAAGGAAGAGUUUCAUUAUAAGAGGGCCAAGACUACAGGUAAUCAGGCCACUGGGCCUGCUCCAUCAUUGGCUAGUGGAACUACACCAAAGAAUAGAGGUGAGUUCAGGAAUCAAAAUUCGCAGAACUUCAGAGCUCAACCUACUCAGUCCCAGGGUAUUGUGGCACAAAGGGCCAACUUGACUCUUACAUGUGCUGAAUAUGGUAGAAACCACGUAGGAGCAUGUCAUGAUGGCUCCACUAGAUAUUUCAAGUGUUUUCAAAUAGGUCACUUCAUGAGAGAGUGUGCUAAUAACAAGCAUGGUAAUGUUAAUGUGGGCAAUAGAGCACAAUCUUCUUUAACGGCUCCACUAGACAGAGCUGAACCUAGAGGAGCCACUUUAGGGACAGGCAAAGGAGCAAACCGUAUAGUUCCAAUUGUGAGUGAGCUUCUAGUGGUACUUUCAAAUGAUCUUCCAAUAGUCCCUCCUGAGAGAGAAAUUGAUUUUGGCAUAGAUAUUCUUCGCGAUACUCGACCUCUAUCUAUUACACCAUAUAGAAUGGCUCCAACCGAGUUAAAAGAGUAA